ACGUCAUAUCCUGUUUGUGCGCGUGUGGAGGGUUGCUGUUCUGGUUUGGACGGGGCCUGCUGAUUAUAAUUGAAGCACCAGCAAUAACAGGGGACUGAAGGUAUUGAGACGUUUUUGUCAGAGACACAUCUGACGCCCUUCGCCAACAGUCACAGCUCCCCUUCCCCCGCUUUUCCCCCUGUGACCCUACCCUGACACCCAGCAACCCUCUGUCCUCUGCCCCAGCAUGAACGACAUCAUUGUGGUCAGAGAGGGCUGGCUCCAUAAGAGGGGAGAGUACAUUAAGACGUGGAGGCCGCGGUACUUCAUCCUGAAGAGUGAUGGCUCCUUCAUCGGCUACAAGGAGAAGCCAGAGAUGUCGUCCGACCACAGUCUCCCACCCCUCAACAACUUCUCUGUGGCAGAGUGCCAGCUGAUGAAGACAGAACGGCCCAGGCCCAACACGUUUGUCAUCCGCUGCCUACAGUGGACCACYGUCAUAGAGCGCACCUUCCACGUGGAGAGUAACGAGGAAAGGGAGGAAUGGAUGAGAGCGAUCCAAGCGGUGGCCAACGGCCUGAAGACGCGAGAGGAAGAGGCGCCCAUGGACAUCACGUUUGGCUCCCCCAGCGACUGCAGCAGCAUGGAGGAGAUGGAGGUGGCCAUGUCCAAGUCCCGACCAUGAGUGACUUUGACUACCUGAAGCUGCUGGGGAAGGGAACGUUUGGUAAGGUGAUCCUGGUGAAGGAGAAGGCCACAGGAAUGUACUACGCUAUGAAGAUCCUGAGGAAAGAAGUCAUCAUCGCUAAGGAUGAGGUAGCACACACYGUAACAGAAAGCAGAGUCCUUCAGAAUACAAGGCAUCCCUUCUUAACGACACUGAAAUACGCGUUCCAAACACAUGACCGGCUAUGCUUUGUGAUGGAAUAUGCAAACGGAGGAGAGCUGUUCUUUCACUUGUCGCGGGACCGCGUGUUCACAGAAGACCGGGCACGGUUCUACGGUGCGGAGAUUGUGUCUGCGCUGGAGUACCUCCACUCACAGGACGUUGUCUACAGAGACCUUAAGCUGGAGAACUUAAUGCUGGAUAAAGAUGGACACAUAAAGAUCACAGAUUUUGGACUGUGUAAAGAGGGAAUCACAGACGGGGCUACCAUGAAGACCUUUUGUGGGACUCCAGAAUACCUUGCACCUGAGGUAUUAGAGGACAAUGACUACGGCCGAGCGGUGGACUGGUGGGGUCUGGGUGUGGUCAUGUAUGAGAUGAUGUGCGGUCGACUGCCCUUCUACAACCAGGACCACGAGCGGUUGUUUGAGCUCAUUCUCAUGGAGGAGAUCCGCUUCCCCAAGAACCUGGCCCCCGAAGCCAAGGCCCUGCUUGCUGGCCUGCUCAAAAAGGACCCCAAGCAGAGGCUUGGAGGUGGACAAGAAGAUGCCAAAGACGUGAUGACUCAUAUGUUCUUCACCACCAUCAACUGGCAGGAUGUGGUAGAGAGGAAGCUCUUGCCUCCCUUCAAGCCCCAGGUGACGUCGGAGACGGACACGCGCUACUUUGACGAUGAGUUCACGGCACAGACCAUCACCGUAACGCCCCCGGACAAGUACCACAGCUUAGACGCAGAAGACCAGGACCAGCGCACACACUUCCCUCAGUUCUCUUACUCCGCCAGCAUACGGGACUGACCUCUCGCACACACGCGUGCACACACACUCACAUGAGCAGGCAAGCUAACACAUGUUCACACACACUAGCACUGCUGGGGAAAUGGGCGCGCGCGUGCACACAAACUGACACACUCUCAAACGAACACUCGCACAAGACACACACACCAGGAAGUGGUGAAAACAUGGAUCCUAGAGCAUGACGUGAUGACUGWRCUCAGCAGGCCUGUGUGGAUAGACUGGCGGCCCUGUCUCUCAUUCUGACGGGACCAGGUGGAACAGGACAGGGCUGCCCUUGGUCAUGCCUGCAGGACCCCACCUGUCUGCCCUCCACACUACUACUACACUGGGUACAUCAAAACAUCGACAACACUUCACCAUCCCUGGGUUAUGCCAGCAAAUACCACCUCACCACCAGCCAAACGCAUGCUGCACCUAUCCAACACACACACUCUGACAAGCAACACAUCAAUCCUCCCAUACACUGCAGAUGUUUUUUURYUUUUUUUUUACUACUGGAUAAUAAAUUGUAAAAAAUAAUAAUCCAAACAAAUGUAGAAACACAUUAAAGAAAAAAAAUAUUUUGGGGGGGAGGGUGAAAAAUAUUUAAACGUUUUUAUUUUGAUUGUUACGGUUUUAAAAGCCAUAUUUCUGCAAUUUACAAGUGCUCUUGCUGAAACUUGCUGUUACAAGUCGUGUGGACUGUUCCUACGAGGGAAAGCAGGUCGGGAGUGGGAGAGGGGUAAGAUGAAGUCUGUGUGUACCUCGAAGGGUAGCCAUUUCCCUGCUUGCACUGUGUAUAUGAAUGGGUUUGAGUGUGUGGAAGAGAAUGUAUGAACAACCAUUUGAAUUUCAACAUCUGUUUUAUGUUUAUGCAUCUGCAUGGAUAUCUUUGGAUUCUGCAUGUCGGCUAAACAAGGAGAAGAAAGGACACUACAGCACAGUCAAUGAGAGUUUUAAAGGGAAAAUAGAGGUGGUGGAGUUGUAGRUUAGGCAGCCCUGUGGAUUGACUUGUUCCCCUGGUGGUUAGAACGGUCAUGAGAAAAGAAAGAAUAGAAGAGUGACCACAGCGCCAGCCUGACCAAUCCCCUGUCUGGAGCCCAGUCCAGAUCCCCACACAGCCAUAGCUGUCAAUCAUUUGUUUGAAUCAUCUGUUCACUUUUUAUUUUGAUGUAAAGAUCUGUUUUUUAAAUAAUUGGAAUAUUCCCAUAUUUAAGGAUGAAAAUGUUUUAAUCAUGGAUCAAUUAUUAUUUGUGAUGAGGCCAAGCUAGACUCAUCACGAGGUUGAUAUUGAAGGUUGUGGUUGGUAUUUUUUAAGUAAUAUAWGACACAGACUAAGUCAUUUGUCAGUAUGUCAGAGUAGGACCAUGUAAACCAGGGUUGGGGUCAAUUCCAUUUAAAUUCAGUCAAUUUAGGAAGUCAARGGUGUUAAAGUCAUGGAUUGAAAUGGAAAUGACUCCAAUUCUGGUGUGAUGUUGUAUAUAAUGACGAGAUGGUCURGUCUCUGCUCAAACAAUGGGYGMKGUCCCAAAGGCGGGAGGGUAGUCAAUCUGCUUAUCGCUGUAUUCUCUCGUGGACAGAUUUUGACGGGAGCGGAACCUCUCGCUUUGCCUCUUCCUCUCUGUGUGACCCUCACAUGAUGCACCAGUCUUGAYUGGUUGCGUACUCCCCGUCAGGCAUGUAGAGAAGUGGUCACAGGUGAAACAACCAUUGUGGGCCACAGCUAAGUGCUGUGACAUAUUUCAUUUUUGCCUUAAAAAAAAGAUUCCUUCACUCAUGGAACAUUUCAUUUAUCUUUGUUUUUGAUUUAAGUUGUUCACUUUUGGUCCACCUAUUCCAACUUUGGAAGACAUUGUCUCAAUUAUAUAUUAAAUGUGUGUGUAUAUAAAACAAGUUUAAACAUGUUGAUUUUUCUUUAGGUUGUUAAUUUCGAUCAUGCAUGUGUUCCUUUUUGUGUGUGUACUCAUGCACAGCAGCAGGUUGAUGUGGGGCACUGUAGAACAGCUCUCUAGUCUGUGCUCUAUACCUGUAUCCUCCGUACCUCAGUAUAGUCUGACUGCUGUACUCCAAGGCUGAGGCUAUGGGAAACAUCCCUCCACCAUCCAUUCUUGACUAAGGCCCAUAUUCAGCCCUGGUAAAUGCAGCUUCAGAAACGGCAGGACCGGAUUUCAGGAACAACCGCCCUCUGAUGGACCUCAUGUCGUCUUCAUUGUUAGGACGGCCACGAGGGGGUGCUGUAGACCUUUUGUAAUGUUGACACUGGCAAUAAAGCCACACGGUCUCAACCUUGUUGCACUCUGUCUCAAUAAAGUGAACAUGCUUUGUCUAGUAGUGUGUACACCUAACAUGCAAGCCAACACCCCUGACCUCUCUUGUAGGGCUUUACACACAGACAAUCGAUAUGGAUCUCUUCACUGGCAAUGUAAAUAUCAAAAAGUCUUGAUGAAUGCAUCAUUUAUAGGCUAGAAGAGGGGAAAUUCACAGCUUUGUAGAUAGAAUGUGAGUUGUAGCUUUACAAUGAUUACCUUGCUUCUCUGUAUUUUGAAUGUGAUCAAUAGUCACGAAUGUCAUAUCGCAAUGCUGGUGUACCAAGAAUUCUUAGCUUGUUAUUGAGUUGAGCUUUAUCUGGGGAGGAGCUACGGUAAGCAAUAUUUUUAGGGAGAAGACUUAUGUCCUGGUAGACAGCUUCAGCUCCCUUGUUACAAGAUUUUACAUUGUGACAAUUAUGUGCCAGUAAAGACUUUUACUGAAUUAA